AUGAUAUCUCAACGAAAUUAUUUAUCCCAGGAGUGUUUUAUUGACAAUGGCGGAUACUUCAUCAUUAAGGGAAAUGAACGAGUGAUUCAGAUUCAGGAGCAACUCAGCAAAAAUAGAAUUAUCUUGGAGAGUGGUAAGAAUGGCAUUUACGCCUCAGUAACAUCAUCCAGUAUCGAACAUAAAAGUAAAACUAAUGUCAUAUACAAAAAUGACUGCUUCUAUGUUCAAAGUACCAUAUUUACGGAAGAAGUCCCUGCAAUUAUUGUGGCAAAAGCCCUAGGUAUUGGUAGUGACAAAUCGAUUUCCGAAGUGAUCGGAAAGGAUUUGUUCCAUAUAUUGCAUUUGAGUUUUGAAGAACCUAUUUCCAAGGACGUCUUGCCAUGGCAAAAGCAGGAAUAUUAA